AUGGUCGCUUCACAGUCUACCGGUCCCAAGGUCCUCAUCAUGGGCGCAACCGGCGCUCAGGGCGGCUCAGUCCUCACUCACCUCCUAGCCUCCGACAAACCCUACCAACUCGCAGCUUUGACGCGCGACCCGUCCAAGCCGAACGCGAAGGAGAUUGAGCAGAAGGGCGUCGAGAUUGUCAAGGGCGACACGGCGGAUGUCAAGAGUUUGGAGCAGGCGUUCAAGGGACGCGAGGUGGUGUUUGGCCUAACCAACUUCUGGUCCCACAUGUCCUACGACAAAGAAGUAGCCGAAGGACGCGCGAUCGUCGACGCUGCGAAGGACGCAGGCGUCAAGACGCUUGUUUGGAGCGGGUUGGAGAACGCGAAGGAGGUUUCGGGGGGGAAAGUUGCGGGUGUCGAGCACUUUGACUCGAAGGCCGAGGUCACCAAGUACGCUCGCUCGGUCGGCGGCCUGACGGUGCUCAACGUCGAGCCCGGCUGCUACAUGACCAACUUCCUCGGCGGCGCCAUGGGUCCCCGUCGCUCCUCCUCCAACGCCGACGAAGUGCUCUUCUCGUUCCCGGUGCGACCGGAGGCGAAGAUCGCGCUGCUCGCUACGAAGGAGGACUAUGGCGCUUAUGUGCGUGCGGCGUUGGAGGAUGAGAAGCUGGUGAAGGAGGGCGGGGACGUCCUUGCUGCGAGUGACGAGUUGAGCGUCGAGGAAAUGGUCAAGCAGUGGUCAGAGGUCACUGGCCACAAAGCUCGCUUCGUCCAGCAAUCCGACGCAGACUACCUCGCGAACUUUCCGGGCAAUCACGCCAAAGCAGGCGAAGAGCUCCUCGAGAUGUUGCGCUGGUUCGACGGAUACGGCUACUACGGCGGGAAGAGUAUCGAGCCGAGCCAGAAGAUCCUCAAGGGCAAGGUGCACAGCUGGAAGGACUGGUGCAAGGCGCAGCAGUGGCAGGUCUGA